GUUUCUUUGAUUUGGGUUAUUUUCAUUGUUUGCUGUUUGGUUGCUUAAUUUGCAGAAGAGAAAAUGUAAUAUGUUCUUCUGGUUGUUCUGAACCAAAGACUGAAUCAUAUUUAGUCUUUGUAGAUUAUGGUACUUUGUAUUGCCUUGAUUGGCAAUGUUGUGUUUUAUUAUCAGCUGUUGAUUGUUAUAUAGUUGGACUGGUUUUGUAGUAAUCUGGGUUUGGUUCAUUUGUCCUUUCAUGGUUAUGAAUUCUAGGGAUUAGAAUUAGUACUGAAAUUUUAACUGUGCACUUGAUAAUAAAAAGAUUAGAACUUAGAUGAAUUCCCUUUUUAUUGUAGGUGAAAUAAUAUCUACACUAAUUAUUAGGUAAAUUGGCAGUUUGUCUGUCUCAGCUUUUCUUGUUCUAUUUAGCUUGCAAGGGAAUCGUGUAAUCUCUAAGUCAACAUCAGUAACAAAUGGUAGAUGAAACAUAAUCAUAUCACCAUAAUUUGGGAAAGUAUUACCAAUUAAGUGCUUACUUGACAUUAAUCCUAAUCUAAAAUAUUUUAACUGAUGAGAUGUGCUGAGUUCUGAUUUAGUUUGUGACCAUACCCGAUUCACUUUCUGUGUUGGACCAUAUCUUAAUUUAAAGGAAUGUUCCCCCCUUGGGAUCUUGAUGCAAUAUGAGAUAUGCAGAUUAGGAGCAUAUCAUUGAUCAAUGAGAUAAAUGCCUUCUAUGAUUUUGAAGUUCAAGUUCACGUGAAACGUUAUUGAACGUGUAUGAACUUUUCUUGAACAUUUGUGUCCAGAUUUCCUUGUUUAUGAUAGAAAUUAAUCUUGACUUAUCUGAAAUGUCAUUUUGUUGAAGUUUUAUGCCAGAUAAUUGAACUGCCCUUUUUGUUUGCAGUUUUUAGUUGUCUAGUAUAUGCUAUAUUGUUGGAGGUUAAAUGUGUUUUCCUUUGGGCAUGUUGGGAUUAUCAGUUUAUUUAAUUGCAAAUGUGCAUGUAAGUUAUUAUUAUUAUUUUAUUGCAAGAUACACCUGUUCGGGUUUGUUGGCUAUGGAUCUUUUUCAUAAAUAGAACUGUUAAAUUUGAUAAUUAGAAGUCUUGUAUCUUCACCUUGGUGCAUGGAUGAUGGAUGUCUGAAUUCUUCAAAGAGUACAACUUCUGUUGGUAUUAAGGAGAAAACAAGCAUGUGUUUUGUGUAAUAUCGUUUCAUGCAACUAGGUUUGUCUCUUAAUAUAUAUUGUCAAUAGCUAAGAGUAAGCCAUUUCUUUGCUUUUCUCUUUUAACAUAACUGAGCAGUCUAGCAUGCUCCUUUACUUUUAUUAGUACUCUUAAGUGGAGCUGAGGGCCUGUUUCAUUUAGUGAAAAACAGAAGGAAGAAAAUAUGCCACAAAAGGGGUUUCUCUUGGAAAAUUAUGUAUUUUACUUAUUUUAUGCCCUCUCUUCUUCGAUAACAAUGAAAGAAUAUGUAAAAGUACAGCAGAGCUUGUGUUGUUGUACCAGAGUUUGGGUGUUGAGCACAAGCAUGGCCCUCGCUCUUGGUGCACUAACUAAGCCUAUCUUAUUUGGUAAAAGGAUGAUGCUUUGUUUUCAGGUGACAGUUGCUUGAUUAGUAUUCUCUGUGAAUACCAGUUAAGGAAGUCUAGACGAACAAAAUAUGUACUCUGGUUAACACGCUUUUCAUUGUCGUGUCUUAGUUAGUGAGCAUUAUUUGACAGUUCUCUUUUUGUAUUUGUUGCAUAAGGAACAUCUAAAAAAAAAUAGUAUCUUGGCUUUCGGAAAAUGGUAUUGUUGUUGUCUUCCAUUUUGCAUUUUUCUAUUUCUGGGUAUUCUCUGGCCUUUUGGCAGAAGCUGACAAAGAUUAUAUUAUUGUUUUCCUCCUAAAUUCUAUGGAUAUGCUGCUGCUGUUAUUUAAUGAUAGAUGGUUAUAGAUAGUCUCUUACUCGUGUACAUUCUACUUUUGUCUUUUCUGAUGCUUGUAACUCCAUUCUAGCCAAGUACCACAUAAAUUUUACUAGGUAAAAUGUUACAGUCUAUAAAUGUGCUAGGAGAAUUUAUGAAUUCCUGUUUCUCUCACCCAUAUUUUCCUCUGGAAUGAGUUCAUAUAAAAUUUCAUUUUGUUAAGAAGAUAAUGGAUAAUGCUUGAGUAUAAUUUGAGUUGUUUUUAUAUCUGAGGCUUGUAGAUCUAAUUUUAAUUCAUUAGUUCAAACAGAACAAAAGGUGAAUAAUGUAUUGCAUCGUUGGAAAGUGGCCUUUAUCAUCUCGUGCUCUCUGAAAAUAAUAAGCAACAUUCACACGUGCCGAAGUUUGGCAAUUGGGAAAGUGAAGAGAAUGUUCCUUACACAGCCUACUUUGAAAAGGCUCGAAAGGGUCGAGGUGAAGGGAAGAUGAUAAAUCCAAAUGAUCCCCAAGAGAAUCCUGAUUUAGGCUCAGAUUUUGCAGCUCCAGCUCAAGCUCCCCCUUCCAGAGGCAGAGUUGCAUCAGAGGAAACAACAGGGCAGGGAGCUGUUAAGCGAGCACACAUGCGUCAAAGGAGCAGGGAAGAUGGUGAACUCAGACGGUUUGCUGACUCUCCAGCACGCCAUGACAACAUGAAUCGGAGAGCUAGCAACGAGCCAGCAAACCAGCGUCAUGGUGGCCGUGGAGUAAUCCAUGGUGAAAACCCCAGGAGGACUGGAAAAACAAGUGCACAAAGCAUUGGUUCUGACAACAGCAUGGAGCACUCUCCCGUGCAUCAUAAAGCGAGGAUCUCAGGGAAAGGCAGCGGGGCUCCUUCUCCUGCAUGGGAAGGGAAAGGUUCAUAUGAAAGUAGCCAUGGUACUCCUGGAAGAUCCCGAUUGAAACCAAAAGGCGAUGAAAGUCCUGUUAAGGGUGCUGCUGUUCCGAAAUUCGGUGAGUGGGAUGAGAACAACCCUGCAUCAGCUGAUGGCUAUACUCACAUUUUCAACCAAGUGAGGGAGGAAAAGCAUAGUGGGGCAGGCAAAGUUCCCGGCAUGCCUACCGAGUCAUCAAUGGGCAACGAUCGUAAGCGACCCCCGAGCAACAGCUCCAAGAGUUGCUGCUUCCCAUGGUGGAGAAAGUGAUGGCUCUUGAGUGCACUGUUGAAAAUUAUGAGGUGUGUGGAACUUGUAAAUACUUUGAAGGCUCUCUCUUCAUGGAGAGUUACUUCUUUGAGUAUAUUCUCUCUAUUUGUGUGGCUUUUUCCUUUUUUUAAUGAGUAUAAACAGUGGUUUGCUGGAAAUGUAGUCUUGUCCCUUUAUUAUUAUUAUUAUUUUCACUUCUUGAUUGCUGUUAAGGACCAGAUACAAAUUCUUUAAUUCUAAUCAAGAUAUUUUAUUUUCCAUUUUCA